ACGUCAUCCGCGGGCGCGCAACGAUUUGAUUGGUGGAACGCUUGUGAGGUCAGAGUUUAACUUCCGUGUCACACAGCUAACAUGGCGGACAAAGAGAAGAAGAAGAAGGAGAGCAUCUUCGACCUGUCGAAGUACAUCGACAAGCCGAUUCGCGUGAAGUUCCAAGGAGGACGAGAGGCCAGCGGUGUCCUGAAGGGGUUCGAUCCUCUGCUGAACCUGGUGCUGGACGGCACUAUCGAGUACAUGCGUGAUCCUGACGACCAGCUGAAGCUGACAGAAGACACCAGGCAGUUGGGGCUGGUGGUCUGCAGAGGAACGUCUGUAGUGCUGAUCUGUCCUCAGGAUGGCAUGGAGGCCAUACCAAACCCGUUCAUACAGCAACAGGAUGGCUAACAAACACAGUUUCAGACGUGCGCGCACACACACACACCCAGCCAUUCACACACUUAAAUAUUUUGUGAGUUUUUGUUGUUUUAAUCAUGACAGUAAUGAUACAUACAACAUAGCAAUUUUCUGUUUGUUAUAAAAAAAAUUGAUAAGCAAAAGUGCUUCACGUUUGUUUGUCAGUGAAGUGCAAGUUUUCAAAGAUUUAAGUUGUAAAAAGAGGCCAUGUGUUUGGGAAGUGUCAACAAUACUGUUUUCCUUUUAUCAGGAUAAGUUAACUUUUUACUAUUCUUUGUUGUUUUUGAUAAGAAAAUAAAAUGAAAAAGUA